AUGGCGGUAUCGCUGGCAGGGCCGUCGUAUUACCCCUCUGCUGCGUAUGCGACUGUGAAUGGAGAGACAGCGGCGGGGGACGUGGUGGUUGCUGCAGCUGGCAGGGGCAGAGCGCUGGAUGAUUACUCGGCGGCGGGGGACGUGGUGGUUGCUGCAGCUGGCGGGGCAGCGCUGGAUGAUUACUCGGCGGCGGGGGACGUGGUGGUUGCUGCAGCUGGCGGGGCAGCGCUGGAUGAUUACUCGGGGUACAUGGAAGCAGGCGGUACAUGGGGGUUUGCUGCGGCAGUGCGGUACGGCGACUACAUGACAGCAGGCAUAGACGAGGAGGGCAACGCAUGGGGCGCUGUGCAGUAUGUGGCCGGGGAGACCAAGAACCCACUGGACCAACUGGGCUACUUAUAUCUUCAGGUGGCAGCUGUAAACGUUCUUGGCGGUUUGGAUGGUAAGCCAUCAGCGGUGCUGUGCGGUACAGUAUGUGCUGGGGAGGCCCAGGACAGGACCCACUGGAGCAACUGGGCUACCUAUAUCUUCAUUGUGCAGCUGUGA